AUGAGUGACAGCACAGCGACCAGCCCGGGCGGACGGCCACGGUUUCUUGAAGAAGCUGGCAGGCAAUUCAGUUCCGAUCCAGCCACUUAUGGUUCACCUCUCGAUGGAGCAGCUCCUAGUCAUAUCACGGUGGAGGACCCUCCAAGACCGAGCUUGUACAAGCGCAACACCUUCCGAGGAGAGAGUGUGAAGAGUGUAAGCGAAGCACUACGACUUGCGAGAGCACGAGAAGAGCAAGAAGAGCUGCUGGGUGAUGGCGAACAGGCGGACGACGAUGGAUGUUAUCCGCCUCGAAAGACGAACGACCCGAGGACCCCCAACCCGCAUAGUUCAUUGCCUAUAUACACCACGAUACACAAGAUCAAGCGAUUGAUCACUGCUGCUAUUGAUGAUCCAUAUUCCAUCGAACAACUGAAGAGCCCUCGCAUGAAUGUAGCUGUGAUUCGCCCUCUAGUAGACCACCUCUACGAUCCAGACGACGUCUCCACAGUCUACUGCCUCCUCGUCAACCGCAUUCAAUUCUUACGAGAGCAAUCCUACCAAGCCCACCACCAAACAGUCAACAUCACCCGAGCCAAUGUCUGCGAACUCAUCGCCUGCAGAGUCCUGCGUCGUUUCGACGAAGACCACGAAGGACGGGAGGGUCUGCUCAUGCUCGCCAAUGUCCUCGUGGCAGGCUUCGAGCCCUUCCAGAAUGCACCAUCCACUGUCAUCAACGAUAACAGGCAUGCGGUCCACUGGGCCGUACGAUGGCGACUCACCCGACCGGAGUAUCAGAAUAUGCUUACCGCGUUGGAAGUGGCGAUAGUAUCAGAGUCCAAGAACUUCCUGAGUACAUCUGCCUGUCAGAAGAUUGUGGAGAAUGUCUAUCGUGGACGGAUCAUCUACACGCCUACGAGCUUCAUCGAUAUCCUGCCGGAUCAUUAUAAGAACCGUGGGAUCUCCUUAUACGACCCUAGGAAGGCACCGUAUCUGAACCAGUACAGACUCAUUGUGCCGAGAACGAGGAAUAUAAUUGAGGCUUGCCAGUUUGUAGUCCUACUGAUACUAUACUUUUUGAUGAUGGUGGCGAAAGCCGACCAUAUCGGUCCCGAGCAUCUCCAAUUCACGGUCUAUGAGAUCAUCUUCAUCGUGUAUGCCUCGGGCUGGGUCUUGGACGAAAUCGCUUCGGUGUGUGAGCACGGCUGGACGGUACAUACGGAGAACCUAUGGUCCUUCCUCGACAUCACCUUCGUGGCAAUCUUCUUAACAUACUUCGGCAUCCGCAUGCACGGCCUGACAUCCAUGGACCCGAGCAUCGCCAAACUCGCCCUAGACGUGCUAUCCAUGGCCGCACCGAUCCUGCUCCCGCGACUCGCCUUCUGCCUGAUGCCGGAGAACAUGCUCUUCAUCUCCCUCCGCGCCAUGAUGGCCGACUUCACCUUCCUCACCCUCCUCGCCGCCUGGUGCUUCGGCGGCUUCCUCCUCAGCAUGCGCUGGCUCAGCGAGAGCCAAGAAGGCUACAACCUCCACAGCAUCAUGACCAUCGCCAAAUGGAUGCUCUGGAUCUGGUUCGGGCUGGACGGGACGGGGAUCCAACGGUCCGCCGAAUUCCACUGGUUCUUGGGUCCCACCCUCAUGAUUACCUUCGCCUUCCUCGGCAAUACCCUCUUCCUCACCAUCCUCGUCGCCAUGCUCAGCAACACCUACACGAACCUCGCCCAAAACGCGACCGCGGAGAUCCAAUUCCGCCGCGCGGUCCUCACCUUCGAAGGCGUCAAAUCCGACGCCCUCUUCGCCUACCGCCCGCCCUUCAACAUCCUCGCCCUUCUAACCCUACUCCCAUUAAAAUGGCUCCUCACCCCGCGCUGGUUCCACAAAGUAAACAUCACCGCCGUCCGCGUCCUCAACGCCCCGCUCCUCUUCCCCGUCUCCCUCUACGAACGCCGAUACCUCUGGAAACGCUCGCGGUACCUCAACCCGCCGCGCCGCCACACCUGGUUGACGAUGUGGGAGCGUUUCGGCGCGCACGGGGAUCUGCAGGCCGUGUUUGAGAGCGAGCCGCCGCAGAGCGUGGUGGAUGAGAUGGAUGAUGUGGAUGAUAUUCUGGGCGGGGAUGUGUGGGAUAAUGGGUAUGUGAAUGCUUUGAGGGCGAGGCGGGGGAGUAGGGCCAUGAGUGAUGUCAGUCAGAGGGUGUUCGGGAGGAGUAUGAGUCGGGAUCCCGGGUUGGGGAGGGGGCCGCCGGUGAAUGGGUUCAGGAGGAGAUCGACGAGGGAUGAGAUGACGGGGACGGAUUUGGCCGAGGUGUAG